AUGACAAGAACCAAAGUGAACCUUGAAUACAUAGCAAAAGAUGCUGAAAGGAAAUCCACCUUCAAAAGAAGAAAGAAAGGCUUGAUGAAGAAGGCGGAGGAGCUUAGCAUCCUGUGCGAAGUCGAUGCUUGCGCAAUCAUUUUCUGCCCUUAUGAUCUUGAGCCAGACGUUUGGCCGUCACAAUUGGAAGCUCAACCCAUCAUCGCGAAGCUCAGGAACAUGUCCCUGUUCGGGCAAAACAGAAGAAUGAUAGAUCAAAAAGAUUUCAUAAGCCAACAGCUCACAAGGGUAAAUGAGCUAGUGGCUAAACAACAUAGGGAAGUUCGGCACAAGGAGAUGACCAAUAUCAUGUUUGAGUGCUUGAACGGCAAAGGGUUUGAGUAUUUGAACAUGUCUGACCUGAACGAUUUAAAUUCUCUGUUGAGCCAAAACAUAAGGGCUAUUGAAAGGAGAAUAUAAUUUCUUGAAUAAAAGCAUAAUGGUGGUGAGUAAAAUGGGAAGCGGCGGCAGU